AUGGAUACUGCGAAUUCACAAUCAUCCAAAAAUAGUGACAAUCCAAACAUCACCUUACUUGCAAGGCAUUCGUCGUACUCUGCCACUGCCGCACUAAGCGCACCAGAAGCAACCGCUUCGGACACACAUUCUGACGCGACCUUUGGGCAAGCCGUCCUUCUCGCUACUGCCCAAUUACGAGCAUGUGACAUCAACGGAAAGCAGCAUGUUUUGCGCGUUCUUUUUGAUUCAGGCUCACACUCUUCAUUUAUAACUGAAGCAUGUGUUCAAAGAUUACAAUUAGCUAAAAGGCGAAGUGAAGUCAUUGUGUCCGGAAUCGGAUGCUCAAAGGGUAAGGUAAAGGGCGAAACAUCAUUGUUGUUGACGCCAAUGGAGGGCACCGAAACAUUCCCUCUAUCUGCUUUCGUGUUGACAAAGCUUACAGAAUCUUUGCCCGCGACGAAAAUACACUCUUCCAAAUGGCCGCACAUUGAAGGCUUAAAAUUAGCUGAUCCGCAGUAUUACCUGCCAGCUCGCAUCGACUUAAUUAUAGGGUCUGAUGAAAUGUAUUCGCUAUUGGAAACAGAGGUUAUAAAGGGCCCGCCUAAUACUCCGAUCGCGCAGAAGACAGUUUUUGGCUGGGUGCUGUUCGGCAAGCUAACUACCUUAGAUAAAUCGAACAAUACAUCUCCUUGCAUAUAUUCAGAUCGCGACUUAACAAAGGCAGUGAUAAAGGCGUGGACACUUGAUGAAUUACCGGAGACUCGUUACUUUACGACAGAAGAGACAAGAUGUGAAAAUCUAUUCGAAACAACUCACCGACGAAACACGCAAGGGCGCUUUAUCGUGCAUUUGCCAUUUAGGGAAAAUAUUAAAUUAGGUGACUCACGGGCUAUAGCGAUACAAUGCUGGUUAAGAAUGGAAAGAAGGCUUGAGCUAAAUAACGAGCAUCGAGAACAAUAUCAUGCAUUCUUGCAAGAUAUGUUGGAUCAGGGUCAUAUGGAGCCGGCAAGUAACGUGCCUUCAUCAAAUUACUAUAUGCCACGCUUCGCAAAAAACUACAAACGGCCUGUCGCUUAA